AUUGGCUGUUAUAAUUGGUUUCAUUUGAGGUUUUAAUAUCUAUCCAAUUGGCAUUCUUUUUUUUUUUUCUUUUAAUUCUUUACUUACAAAUCUUCAGUUUCAUUAUCGUUGUGCAUUGCAGGUUGAAUUUUGAAGUUGGGACAGCUUUUCUCAAGUCUCUGCUUACUGAGAGAGGAUUUUGCUGUUUUUAAGUUGGUUUGUUGCUGGAGGCUGUAAUAAGCUGUUGACUCAGUGAUUUAGUAAAAAGGAAGAAGAUUCUUCUGAGUGAUUGGGUUGGAAUUUUGAGAACAUAGGUACCCUACCCUUAUCUUUGGGGGUUGAAAAUGAGUAGAGUACCGAAGCGAGGGAAGCAGGCUUCUCCUGUAGUGUCUGAUGGUGCUAAAAAGGUUAUAGUUGCUGUUAAAGCGUCUAGGGAGAUUCCAAAGACAGCUUUGAUUUGGGCUUUGACUCAUGUUGUUCACCCUGGGGAUUGCAUUACCCUCAUUGUUGUUGUUGUCCCUUCUCACAACUCAGGAAGAAGAAAGCUUUGGGGUUUCACUAGGAGUUUCCCUAUGUUUGCUGGAGACUGUGCAAGUAGUGGUCACCGGAAAUCACAUUCUAUAGCACUACCAGAGAUCAAGAGUGGUCUCACUGACACUUGUUCCCAACUGAUUCUCCAGCUUCAUGAUGUCUAUGAUCCUGAUAAGAUAAAUGUGAAGAUUAAGAUUGUUUCUGGAUCACCCUGUGGAGCAGUUGCUGCUGAGUCUAAGAAAGCACAAGCAAACUGGGUUGUACUAGACAAACACCUCAAGAACGAAGAGAAACGAUGUAUGGAUGAACUGCAAUGUAACAUUGUGGUGAUGAAGCGUUCCCAAGCCAAAGUUCUACGCUUAAACUUGGUUGGAUCUCCUAGGAAGGAUGCUGAGAAAGAGGCUCGUUUACCACCAACUGCAGGAUCUGAAAAACACACAAAGGGAUCGUUAGAUUCUGAGAGAGGACUACCUGUAACUCCUACUAGCAGCAGCCCUGAGCUAGGGACACCAUUCACAAGCACAGAAGCUGGGACUUCAUCAGUGUCUAGCUCUGACCACGGAACUUCACCUUUCUUCACUUUGGGAACGAGUGGUUACAUGAAGAAGGAUGGUGCAUUGGUCAUCAAGGAGAAUGAUGAUGAUUCAGAGAGUGAUGAAAGUCAAUCACUAGCGUCCACAAGUAUGAGAUUCCAGCCAUGGAUAUCAGAAUAUAUCAGCACGCAUCGACAUUCAUCUCAGGAGGUGCUUGAGAAGUUCUCUAAGCUAGAUGUAGAAGCUGGUUUGUCGUCUAGUCAAAGGAUUGAUCUACCUGGUCCACCUCCUCUUUGCUCUAUCUGCCAGCACAAGGCCCCUGUAUUUGGUAAACCACCGAGAGUGUUUUCAUAUGCCGAGUUGGAGCUUGCAACAUGCGGCUUUUCAAGGGCUAACUUCUUGGCCGAAGGUGGAUACGGAUCUGUUCAUCGAGGUGUACUACCGGAAGGGCAAGUAGUUGCAGUAAAGCAACACAGACUAGCGAGUUGCCAAGGAGAUGUAGAGUUUUGCUCCGAAGUGGAAGUUCUCAGCUGUGCUCAGCACAGGAACGUUGUGAUGCUGAUUGGUUUCUGCAUUGAAGACAGCAGAAGGCUCUUGGUUUAUGAAUACAUAUGCAAUGGUUCGCUUGACUCUCAUCUAUACGGUCGCAAAAGGGAGACACUGGAGUGGGCAGCACGGCAAAAGAUUGCUGUUGGAGCUGCAAGAGGUCUUAGGUAUCUACACGAAGAAUGCAGAGUUGGCUGUAUUGUCCAUAGAGACAUGCGUCCUAACAACAUCCUCAUCACUCAUGAUAAUGAGCCAUUGGUUGGAGACUUUGGUCUAGCGAGAUGGCAGCCUGAUGGGGAACUAGGUGUAGAAACACGAGUGAUAGGAACGUUUGGCUAUUUAGCUCCAGAGUAUGCUCAAAGCGGACAUAUAACUGAAAAAGCGGAUGUGUACUCGUUCGGGGUUGUUUUAGUUGAGCUAGUCACUGGCCGCAAAGCCAUUGACAUUACUAUGCCAAAGGGACAGCAAUGCCUCACUGAAUGGGCACGUCCGCUACUAGAAGAAUAUGCGGUGGAGGAACUUAUUGAUCAGAGGCUUGGUGACCGUUUUGUAGAAAGUGAGGUUAUUUGUAUGAUUCACGCAGCUUCGUUGUGCAUACGUAGAGAUCCACAUUUGAGACCACGCAUGUCUCAGGUGCUGCGUAUACUGGAAGGAGAUAUGAUCAUGGAUGGGAACUACGCAUCAUCUCCAGGUUCAGAGGCAGAUCAAUACAGCAGCGGUCAGCUAAGGAAUGAUGGGUGGGAUAUGUUCAGUGAAACGGCAAGACUAGCUAUACGGGAGAGGGAAAGAGGUCAGAGGCUGGAACUAAACCAUAUUAAGUAAAAUCACAUAACUGUUUCUUUUGAAAAGUUUAGUUGAUAAGGGUAUUGAGUAAAGUCCCCUGUUUUCUCAGUAAUGUGCUUCUAAGCUGGCAAGAGAGCUAUUUUGACCCUUUUUUUGUUUGUAUAGUGGGGUCAGAUGCAAACACAGUUGCUAAAUAUGAUAUCAAGGGGUUUGAAAUUGUUUUUGGUA